AUAGCUAUUCCCAUCUUUCUUAUCCACGAAAUCUCUUCAGUAUCCAUUUACUCUAUCUAUAUUGUUAUUCUGUCCUUCAUUUAUUCUCUAAAUCCCCUAACAAGCUCCCUAAGAUAAAGGAAAGGCUGAAUCAUAGAAAUUGCAGCAGAAUUAGAUACAUAAAUCAAUUCCUAAGCAGUCCAAAUAGAAAUAGAAAUGCUACAAAACCCAAGAAUACUGCGAACUUGCCCUCAACCAUUCAACCUUCCAACUCAGACAUCAACACCAUCACCUUCAUCACUCCAACUACUAGGCACAAGCCAACAUUUCCCAAUCCUCAAACAGCAAUGUAGAUUGUCGCGUAGAGAGCUAGCAAUCUACAGCAAUUCUUGCUUGCUGCUUCUUUUGGCUGAUGGAUCCAGGGCAAGAGCAGAAGAUGUUACCAACAGUGACCAACUGGGGGAUAGUUUGACUAACACUCCCAGCUGCACUGAAAGAAAACCUACAAAACAAGUUUUCUUCGACGUAUCUGUUGAUCGCGAACCGGUUGGUCGCGUUACUAUAGAGCUCUAUGGAGAUGAUGUCCCUGUAGGAGUUGAGAGGUUUAGCAAGAUUGUCAGUGGAGCUGCUGGUAUAAGCUACAGAAGGAAAGAGUUUGUCAAAAUCCUGCCAAAUUACGUACAACAUGGCGGUCUUAGAUCGUAUGGGGUGGAUGCAGAACUUGCUAACAAGACUGGGAGCAAUUUGGCUACUGAAAGUCUUGUUGAGGAAUGGGAGAGAAUGUAUGAGAAAUGCCCUGGGACUAAAAAUGUGGCUGGAAGUGUAGGAAUCAUUGUGAGAGAUCCAUCAAAACCACCUCCUAAGUUUAAACUGGUUGCAAGACUAGGAAAGCUUCAGAUUGAUCAGGAAGAAGUUGGAACAGAUCCUAAUGGGACAGAAUUUGUCAUUGCAACAAAGGAUUCACCGGAAUUAGAUGCUUCGUCUCUGGUAAUUGGAAGGGUGGUAGGAGGGAUGGAAGUUGUGCAGAGGAUUAGUGAAGUAAAAACUGUACAAGAGAAUACAAGCUCUCCAUACUUUAGGGUGGCAAAGCUUAUCGGAGACAAGAGGGCUGUUGUAGCAGAAAGGGGAUUCAACCGUCCUUACUCCAAAGUUGUUGUUACAAACUGUGGUGUAAUACAGUAGAACAAAAUUGUAUACACUCUUCUUUAGUUUAAUUCCAGUGUAUGAGAACACAUCAAAACA